CAAAAAGAGACGGCAGAAGAGCAGAGUUUAUUUCCCACCGCUGUGUCGGAGGAGGAGCUGGAUGAAGCCAAGAGGAAAAACACCUUCAAGGAACUUUUUGGCUCCAGUAAAAUCUUUCUGGAAGGAGAGAAACCGCCUCCAAGACCCGACCUGCAGGGGAGCCUCAUCAUACAGAACAAGGCUGCACAGCAUUACACUGAAGGAAAAGAGGCGAUGGGAAAGUCCCAGUAUGAGAAGGCUGUGAUCUGCUUCUCUAAAGCCAGCGCACUGCAGCCACAACAGACUCAGCUGUAUGUGAGCCAGGCUGAGGCUUACCUGCAGCUGUGUGACUUCCAGUCAGCAGCAUAUUCUUAUAAACAGGCCUGGCAUCUGGAGCCUGAAGCCUUCAGUUCCCACUUGGCCUUUAUCUACUACCUCCAGGGUCAGUGUUUGUAUGAUCGAGGCUGUUUCUUGGAGGCUCUGGAGGCCUUCAGUAAAGCUGCUGAGGUGAAGCCUGGCUGCAGGGCCUACGAGGUCAGAAGUCUGACCUGUCUGGCAGCAGCAGGUCUCCACACUGACUGUCUGAAGCUGGUGAACAACUGGAUGGUGACAGACGGACCAACGUCUGAUCUUUACAUCCUCAGAGCCCGACUGCACAGACAGCUCAACCAGACACCACAAUGUUAUCAGGAUGUGAAGUCGGCCCUGGCGUUGAACCCGACGUGCCCUCAGGCCGGAGCUCUGCUGCUGCAGCUGCAGGAGACCAGUGAACGAGCCAGACAGAAGGCUGAGGACAGAGCUCUGAGCGGCCAGCUGCCUGAAGCUCUCUGCAUGAUCAACAUCGCUCUGGAGAACUGCCCCCAGGACGCUCGCCUCUACCUGCUCAGAGGGAUUCUGUAUCGGCGUCUCAAAGACUUCACCGCAGCCAUUGAGGAUCUGGUCCAGGCUGUGGAGCUAGAUGAGGAGGCUGGGGAGGAGUCCAGACGUCAAGUGAAGGCCACAGAUGAGGAGAAGGAGUGCGGCCUCAUGCAGAAGGAGGCACGGUUUCAGCUGGUUCUCACCUACAAUGAUUUUGCCGUUCAGUGCUUCAGUAAGGGUCUCUACGCUGAGGCGAUGGUGCUGCUCAACAAAGGCAUCGAGGAGGAGAAGGAGCAGGCCGGCUUGUACCUGAACCGAGGAGACUGUUUCUUUAUGCAGGGGGAGUGGUGUUACGCUCUGGCUGACUACCGGCAGGCAGAGGAGAUGAUGAAACCCGACGACCCGGCUGUCCGCCUCCGCCUCGCUGUCCUCUACUAUAGACUGGGCUCCUUCAGCUUCCAGGAGGGGUGUUUCCAGGAAGCAGCUGACAGGUUCUCUCUGGCCAUCCAGUACAACCCAACAUCAGCUCAGUACUACGAGAGCAGAGCCAAGGCUUUCAGGAAGCUCAUGAACCUGGAGGGAGCCAGAAGGGACUUCAUCUGCACCCAGAUCCUGGAUCCCUGCAGCGAGGAGCUGCCUCCUAUGCUGAUGAGUCUGUUCCCUGGAUGCAGCGUGUCAGAUGUUCUGUCCAGUCAAACAGGUCAAGCAGUCAGAGUCCAGCUGAUGGACGACAUCCAGGCCCGAAGCUCCUCGCCAGAUCAGCAAAGACUGAGUGAGAAGCUCCAAACGAUGACGCUGACCAGUGAAAGCAGAGCGAGCCAAUCAGAAGACUCAUCUGAAGAAGGGGAGGAGCUACAGAUGACGAUGAAGAGCAGUCUGCAGCAGGCGAACGGAGCGCUUCAAUCGUUUCUUCAUCACCGUCCAGCUCUGGACCACAAAGAGCCGCGCCUCACCACACACGGCCCUCCACCACCUCCACACACACAGCAGAAGAGGACCAAACCACCUUUAGACAUGACGGGGAUGCACACUGCAAAGAGAGAUUUGAAGUGUUUGGAGGUCACAUCUCUGAAGAAGUGA